AGAAUGAUGAAGAAUUGAAGUUUUCUUAUUUUUUACUGUUCUAUAGUUCUUGAUACUGAAUUAAUGACUGACUUCCAUUGGCCACAUAGAGCCAACACCAUUUGUGACACGAUCUGUUAAAAUGCUUCACAGCGAACAACUGAAUACCUUCCUAGUAACCUUUACAUAUGGUAUCUUAACCAAACUUACCUCACUAACCUAAAAUAAGAUUGACCUUUAUUUUUGGCAGAAAUGAAUAGUGGAGAUAUGACCCCCACCACCACCACCAAUGGAUGCACAAGGUAGCAACAAGAGUUUAUGCAUCUGCCCCAGCCGCCAAAAUGCCACAAAUAUCCUCAUCACAGGACUUGGAUGCACGCUUCUCAGUUUUUCUUAAUCCAAUUCGUGACCUGACAAAAAACUGGGAAGUGGACAUUGCCAAGUAUUUGGAGGAGUAUUUAGAGGAGCUAGCUGAAGUACAAAUUACAUUUGAUGGAGGGGAAACACUCAUGAAUUUUGCUGAGGCAGCCAUGUUGAUUCAAGGCUCAGCUACAGUGUACAGCAAGAAGGUGGAGUUUUUGUGGCAGAUGGUUUUGCAGAUGCUUGAUCUGCUCUCCAGUAGACGGAAUUUAGAAUCUGGAGUAGGAGAUGUGGGCGGCAAAGACAUUGGAGGAGGAAGAGCUGUUCUUGAUCAUUCGGUAGAUUUUACUACUGUUGAUAAAAUGGGAAGAGGGAAGAACAUUGAUUUACGGGACGAUGAGGAAGAGGAGGAAAUGGACGACUGUAGAAAGAGAAGCUUCAAGUUUUUACCAGCAACUCCGCUACAUUUAGUGGAGAAAGAUGGGGAAAAGUCUCUGCAUCGUGUUUCGCUGAUGAUGAAAAACAGUGAGGUGUUUGGGGCAAAAGAUGACUUCAGAAUUAAUAGGUCAUAUCUGACACCCAAGGGCAUGUUGUGCAUGGAGGUCCCAAGUGACAUCUUACGUAAUGCAGCCUUGAGGAUUUUGGAUUCCCCAGUUCCUGAAAAUACAGAUGGGGAGAAUGCAGAAACUGGUGGUAAAGAAACUGCACCAGUAACUGAAGCCCCUCCACAACAAGAUGUUCCACCUGAUGCUGAAGAAGAUAUUAAUAAUGAUGAUGGUGCAGCUGAUCUCCCAGAUGACUUGGACACUCCUGAAGACGUUCAGCAGCCCAUGAAUGAGGGGAAGGAUUGUGAAAAGAAAGAUGACCCCAAGAAUAAUAAUAAUAAUCUGAAUGUCAUUGACCUUCCCACUGAUCGCCUUAGAAAACGAGGAGGGCCGGUGACUGAAGCUGUUACUACACUUACGUUGACUGAUAAGUGGAACCCAAUCAACCCCCAUGCUGAAACUCCUGCUAAGAGACCAAUAAGAGCUGGAAGACUACGUAAACCUCUACCAUGUGCCUGUCACCUUCACACACAAUCUGUGUCUCACAGAAAGAGUGCCAAAAAUGGUAAGAAAGAAAAGAACAAGAAAAACGCCCAAAUACUUACGUCCAUAGAGUCUCACAUCACUAAAGAGAUAACUGGAAUAAUCGGUUCAUCCACUAAGAAUUGUAAGGCGUCUCAAGAACUUAUAGAGGAAGUCAAUAAUGAGGUUGCGAACAGACUCGAACUUGGCAAAUGUAAGCGGGUUAACAACUUGCUAAGAGAGGGAAAAGCUUUCAACGUAGAGGAAGCUCUGCAGAAGGUAUUGGAAGACACUGAACUUCAGCAAAGAAUGGAAGAACAGCUUGACGACCCCCUUGGUAGUGAUGGAGCUGCAGAUUUAGAUGGUGAUGUAGAUGAUCUGCCAGCCCCUCCAUUGUUUCUUCCGGAGCCACAUGAUAAUACCAGAGGGCCUGAAUGUAUCACCAAGAGAUUAAGUGAUAACACCUUUGAUGAACCUGCCAGUGAUUAUGAGGCCUUGGUGCAGAAAUGGGUUGCUGAUUAUAUUACUAAUGCUCAGGAGCAUGUUACUUCCUCUGCCCUUGUAAAACAUGUGAAUAAGUGGAGGGAAGCCAUAUUGCCAAAGUUAGCAGAGGAGGAAUGUCGAAAAGAGUUUGAUAUUCAUAAAUAUGGUUCUCAGGUUUUAAGUCAUUUUCCAGACAAUGGACGAAAGCAGACUAUAUCUUUUAGUGAGGUGAUAAAGGGUCAAGAUGCACGAGAAGUGUCUCGACACUUCCUCUCAUGCCUCAUGCUGGCAAAUACGUAUAAUAUAGAGUUGAGUGAAACAGAACCAGGGGACUUGGCUAUGGACUGUCUGGAAUUAACUCUUCUUUCCCGAGUCCGUCACCAUGAAGAACUGGAGGAGUAUGCUGCACCCUCACAAGCUUCUCCGCUCCCGAGAAAGGGUCGCACGAAAGCAAAGUUUCAAUCAAAUUCACAACUGGAUAACCCUGGAGUUUAUUCUGGGGAACCUACCCCUAUCUGUGCAGAUAUAACACACAUUACUUUGGGUGAUAAUGUCCAGCAUAAAUCUAAGAAACCUUCAAAAGGAAGUAUCAAGAUGAAGAGAUGACCAAAAUGAUCAACAGUGUGUUAUUACAUACAUCAUUGUGAGCUACAGUGCCUUAUUGAUGAGUCAUGCUCUGAUACUGACCAAGCCUUGUCUGUGCAGAUGCGCCAAGACUGUAUGUUUAAGUUUUUAUAGCAGUUAAGUACACCUGUUAGAAUAAAACAUAAGGUAAAGUCUGUAUUGAAAUACUAUAUAUUUUUUGUUAACAUCUCUAAUGAACAGAUAACUUAAUUUAAAAAAAAAAAUAAUAAUUCCUAAGUUUAUUUGCACCUUGAGUCAGCCAUAGAAGAUAAAUGAGUACAAAGUUCAGAUAUGUAAUUUUUUAUUUCUUGAUGCAAUAUUGUAUAGUAGUGUGUGGAAUAUUUGACUGCACCUUUACAAAUGUAACCUUUAUUACUACUGCUUGUACUGCUCAAUCACCUGGUAAUAAAUCAAUGAGGUUUCA